AUGUACCUCCGCCGGGCGGUCUCCAAGACCCUGGCGCUCCCACUGAGGGCGCCCCCAGGCCCCGCGCCGCUCCGGAAAGACGCGUCUCUUCGCUGGAUAUCAUCUAACAAAUUCCCUGGAUCAUCUGGAUCAAAUAUGAUCUAUUAUCUGGUUGUAGGUGUCACAGUCAGUGCUGGUGGAUAUUAUACUUACAAGAGAGUCACAUCAGGGAAGGCCAAACGCAGCGAUCAUGUAACAGAUUUGAAAGAAAAAACCAAAGCGGAGUUACAUCCACCUCAAGGUAAAAAAGAGAACCUUGUGGCUGCCGAGGAAGCCAGUUUAGAAGCCCCUGAAGUAUCUUCAGCGGAAGCUUCUCCGGUGGUUACUGAAGAUAUUCCCGAUGCUCCAGCUGUGGUCGUAGAAGAGGCUCCCCCCUGUCCAGAUGACGCCGAGGCUGCUCCUGCGGAGACCCAGGUGGUCGGUGCUGAGUCUCGGCCAGAGGCGACAGGCGCGGCGACAGGGGAGACCACCGAGGAAACGACCUCAGGGGUCCCGAGCACAGCUCCCGGGGAAGCUGCUGCCCUGGAUCGUGAUGAAGGUACAACAGAGAACGAAAGCUCUGGUGAACGUGCUGAACUGGAAGAAAAUUCUCCAGUUGAGUCAGAAUCCUCUGCCGGGGAGGAUUUACAGGAAGAAGCCUGUGCUAGUUCUGAGGCCGCCUCAGCCCGAGGCUGA